AUGAACAAUAUUGCAAACUUGCUUCGGGCUCAGACGGGAGGAGGGAAUGCACGCGCAGUGCCGACGGAGGAUUUGCGCGACACGGCCGAAACGGUUCAGAUCUCCUCCCUUGCACUGCUAAAGAUGCUUUUGCACGGCCGGGCGGGGGUGCCACUGGAGGUUAUGGGGCUUAUGAUAGGCGAGCAGGUUGACAACUACACAAUCCGCGUGACGGAUGUAUUUUCUAUGCCCCAAACGGCGACUGGCCAGUCCGUCGAGGCGGUGGACCCAGAGUACCAGGUACACAUGCUAGACAAACUCUCUGUUGUGGGCCGUUCUGAGAAGGUCGUCGGGUGGUACCACAGUCACCCCGGCUUUGGUUGCUGGCUUUCUGGGGAGGAUGUAAUGACGGCAGGCAACUAUGAACAAUUGACCCCACGGAGUGUUUCUGUCGUGAUUGAUCCCAUUCAGUCGGUCCGUGGAAAAGUCGUAAUUGAUGCCUUUCGCACCACCAAAGAUGCGCUUAUGGGAGGAAGAAACAUGUACGAAGAGCCGCGUCAAACCACAAGCAACCUCGGCUGGCUGACACGACCGUCGCCCGUUGCGUUGACCCGUGGUCUUGACCGUGAUUACUAUAGCCUUGCCAUCACAUUCCGAAAGAAGAAUCAUGAGUUGGCGUUGCUGUUAAACGUCUACAAAAAGGGUUGGCAAGAAGGUUUCCGUCUUGAAAACAUGGAGAAAUUUGACCGACAGACGAUACGGGAAAAAAUCCGUACAUUGGCAUCGCUCGCAGGGCAGUCGGAGCGUUUAUGC